GAUAAUCGGCAACGUUGGACUCGGGGUGCGGCGCGGGCGGGUAACGUUCAAUUUGAGAAGUUCAAGGCGAGGAGGCGGUGGCGGUGUGAAGGUUUUUUGUUUCAGCUUCCCAUUGCCGAACCAUGGAUGAUAGGUACAAGAAACGAGGGCUCAAGUUCAACAACAACCUUGAUUCCCGGGCCCUGAGGGCAGUUCACAACCAGCAACGACAGCGCAAUAAACGAGAUGAUGUGCUCAAAACACGGCGACAGAUUGAUGAUAUUCAGGACUCCCCACAAGUCGCUGAUCUCCCGAAGAAGAGGAAUGCUGUUGAUAGACAAGCAGAACUGUAUCAGAAAGGAUUGGAGCGGUAUCAGAAUCUCUUAAAAUGGAAGGAAAUGAAAAAGAAGCAGCUGGAAAAGGAAAAGAAAAGGCGCAUGCCAUCAUUCAAGACGGGAGUAUACCACCCAAGUCCUCCAAAGUUUCUUGUGUCUGAAGAUCAACAUGAAAGUAGUAAGACACCUCAUGCUUCACUGAAAAAGAAGGCCAUGACUCCUGGUGCCUCACUCCGUAAGGUGCCAGUUUUCCACCUUGGAGGCACCCCUGCCACUUCUCUGCUGAGGGUGCCACAGUUUCAUACUGGACUAACACCUAAGGUAUCAACUAAGAACCAGGCCUCAAUGGUUAUAAAGCAAGACAAACAAGAAAAUCGUGGUCCUUUCCUUAGAGCACAUGGAGCCCUUAAGAAUGGUACGAGGCCUGGAGGAAAGCGUGGUGCUGCAAGAGGCUGUACCACUCACUCAAGAAAACUUGGUGAUCAGGAAGACCUUGGGGUAAAGCCUCUCCCACUUACUCCCCGAGUAACAUCAUCCCAGAGGAAAGCAGAGAAGUCCACACUACCUUCACAGACAUUACCAUCAUUUGCUCCCGCAGACUUUGCAUUUAAUUUUGAGGCACCACAGACCUCUGAAGCUAAAAGGACUGAACACCUUUCAAGUGGUUGCAUUGAUGACCCUAUUUCUUCACAAGCUCUGGAAGUUUCCUUAGAUCAUUCUGAUGCCAGGAAAGAAGACAUGGCAAUUAGCAAGGAAGUGUCACCCAUGAAAGAAUGCCCCUCAAUUCUUCAGAAAAAUGAUGAUGGAGAUAUUUCAGAAACAGGUGAUUGUGAAACACAAUCUGUAUACAAAAAUGAUCUGUUUCCUCAGGAAGACAAUAUAGUAUGUACUUCAGACACAACUGAAAAUGAAAAUUCGCCACAUAAGGAAGCCUUUGGCCCAGACACUUCAAAAACAAGUGAAAAUGAAAUUCAACCUGAUCCUGUAACAUUGUCUGACGAGCUUCCUGGAGAUUCCAAACAUCAAGAAAAAUCAGAGCCUGAAAAUAAUUUAGAAAUGCUUAUUGAUGAGAAAAUAGAUGAAGAACCUGCUGCAAGUGAAGAAAAAAGUGGGUAUGAUCAAGUGAAGCCAGAGGAUGAAAGCUCAAACCUCAGUAACAUGAACACUUAUGCUUUGGAGGUACUGGAUGAAGAUGACUCAAGACCAAAGAGAAAGAGGCUAAGCACACCAGCCAAACGUGUUACCAGGAGGUCAGCUGCCUGCUGUCUGGAUGGCACUAUGACUCCUCUCCUAUCACGGCUGCGUCCUCGAACACCAUGCAGUAGAAGUACAAGGCGCUCACUAUCAGCCCACUGUGAUAUGCCAAUUGAGCUCUGUACUCCUGCAAGACGAUCAACUAAAAAAACUCCUCGACGCUCAGUUAGUAAAUCCGCUAAGAGACAAGUUCUUUAUGAGGCUGAUAUUGGGAGUCCUUUCCCCGUGCCACUUGAUGGUGGAAUAAAUGAUGCUGGGAGGCUGGCCCGUGACAAUGAGGACAGAAUGAUGGAUGCUAAAAAUACGUCAGAGCCACAGCUUCACCCUCAACUUACUCCUGGUAUCUCUUUGAAUGACCCUUCCCUGAAAGAAUCCUCUUCACCACUGAUGACACCUGAAAAUAUACUCCGUCGGGAACAAGGAUUGUGGACAGUGGAAACAAGUCCUUGGGUCAAUUUACAGCGAUCAAAGAAGAAAAAAUUCAGGGUAUCAGAUUUACAAGGAGCAUUUGAUGACAUCCCUGUUGAUGGUUCACCUGUGUCACAACCUGUGAUCCCUAGUGGCUUGGGGACUAGUCUGGGUGAGGACACCACUUGCACAAACCUCCUUUCUCUCCUGCAGCCCUCUGACUCACAGAAUACAGAGUCCCCAGUGGUGAACGUUUGGAGUGAGGAGAGCCCUGCCAUCGGUGCACUGGGAAGCCCAAAGUCUUCUAGGCAGAAGCGGUCAAGUGAGAAGGCAGCACGACCAAGGAUAAUGGCUCAGGAGCCAGCAGAAGUGCAGACAGCUUAUGCCAAUGUUUCAGCUCCCUCAGCAAUUGACCCUGCUGCUUCAGAACCUUCCUCACCCUCUCCUGACAUUUUGUCUGCAUUUCAAAAUGGAAAAAACAAAGAGAAAUCACAGAAACGGAAGUCUCGCAAAUCUGUCAUGUUUGCUGUUACUGAGGAAGAGGAUGUGAAGGCUGACUCAUGCAUUUUACCUGGCACACCAGUUUGCAGAUCUACUAGAGUGUCAAUGGGGCUCUUUGCCAAAGUUGAUCCAAGGAUCAGUGAGACAGUCAUUCCUGGCCAAGAUCUAAUUGCAUUUGAUUCCCCGAUAACUGAGAAAAAUACCUCUUCUACGUCAAGGAGAAAGUCAUGCCGGGUAAGCCUGCUUCCAGGCAUGACACUUAGUCCAGCAAAGGAAGAGGCUGGAUCUAUUCCAACUGAUUUGAUAACUUGGGAUUCGCCUUGUGAGACCAAGAGAGCUUCAGGACAUGCAGUUCCCAGCCUACCCACACCUGUGCGCAGGUCUCGCAGACUGAGUAAGGCUAUGUGAGCGCGAGAAAUAUGACUGAGUUUAAUUUUGUGGACAGUCAUUAGAUGAGUUUUAGAUAUGGGUCAGUUUACAAAUUUUAGUUUUCAUGGUUUAUUUUCUCAUGGAUAUUAGGAAGAAAAAUAACAUCUUAGCUUACACAAUAGAUAAUGUAAUGUGUGCCUUAAUCAUGAUGCAUUUAUAAAUCAAGUAUUUGUAAGACCCAUAUGUU